AUGGCUACGCAGAGGUUUUGUUUGCGGUGGAACAACCACCAGUCUAAUAUGUUGUCUGUGUUUGAUCAGCUACUGCACGCUGAGACGUUCACCGACGUUACCCUAGCCGUUGAUGGUCAGCUACUGAAAGCACACAAGAUGGUCCUGUCGGCUUGCAGUCCUUACUUCCAAGCUCUCUUCGUAAACCACCAGGAGAAACAUCCCAUUGUUAUAUUGAAGGACGUUCCGUAUUCGGACAUGAAGAGUUUACUCGAUUUCAUGUACAGGGGUGAAGUAAGUGUGGACCAGGAGCGACUGACGGCUUUCUUAAAAGUAGCCGAGAGCUUAAGAAUAAAAGGACUUACAGAAGUAAACGAGGAGAAGUGCGAUAUUCCAGCUUUGACUAACUCGUUAAUACAGCAACAGUCGAAUGCGCACACUCCUCCUCCUCAACUACACAGAAUACAUCCAUAUAUGCAUCAGAAAAGGCCAGCAUCGGGUGUGCCAAGCGGAGGAGCACCUCCCAAUUUAUUAAUGCCUUUAUUGGGUAAUGCGUUGAUGCAGCCUAAACGAAAACGAGGUCGGCCUAGAAAACUCAGUGGAAGUUCCAGCGAUGCUUUAAACACUGCCGCUAGUCCUCCCGGAGAGUUUGUCUCGGAGCCUGCCUCUCACGGAUCAUCGAACCGUCCAGGCGACCAACUGAUCAGAGGUUCUCCAGAGAUGUUGGAAGUGAAAAUGUCAAUGGAUAGCUUUAACGCUGAUGACGGGGCAACGUCAGGGGGCGAGGAAGCAGGUGAAGCCCUACUCAUUGACGAAGGUGACGACGCGCAAUCGACAGAGGCACCCACUGGCAAGGACUCCGAGUCUGCAGAACUUACAGAGUACCACUACACGUUUGAUGACGAAGUUGACAAUGGCAGUAUUCCUAUAAUAACUCUAGAAGUAAUGUCGGACUCGUCUAUACCUGACCCGAUCAUUGCCAACUACGUGGACGGGUCCGUGCCUAGCGGGCAAUUUGAUGAUACUCUCAAUAAGGACACUGGAGUACAUUUUCUAACAGAGCAGAUGCAAAAACUUGAACCGAAAUAUGAAGGGAAUAAAGAAGAAGGAAAGGAAUCGAAGGGAAGACAUGAUUUAUUGGAGUACAUGUUGCGGACUGAUGGUAGCGUCAUCUGCAAGAUGUGUGGGGAGAUACUGCAGAGUCGCACGCACUGGUACCGGCACAAGUACAAGCGACACGCUGCACAGCCGCCCAACCCCGCGCCCUUGUUCCAGUGUGAACAAUGCCUCGUCUAUUUUAAGAGUAGAAAAGGAUACAUUGGGCAUAUAGCGAGCAGGCAUAGCGAAUUAUUAUCAGAUAGUAGUCCAGUAUUAACGAACACGCAAGCAAUACAAGCCACGGAGAAUACGUUACAGGAAAUUAAAGAAGAAGCCGAUCCUGAGUCCAUGAUCCCUAAGACCAGCGUGCCAAAUUAUCAGACAUCCGUCGUCAAACACACGGCGAAGGCUACAGAGACGAAGAAAACUUAUCGCAGUAAAGAGCAAUUAGUGAAUCAAGCAGACUGGGAGGAAAAACGAUCUCGUGAAGAGAAAUUAGUGGCAGACAUAAUUGACAGAGUCCGUCGCGAAUGUGAGGCACACCCGACGCCGCAAGCAUCUACACGUCGUCCGUACGCGCGUCGCACGACGCCCGUCAUACACACGCUGCGACAAACUAACGCACUCACGUAA